AUGCACUUCCAAAUCCAAACUUUCAUGAUUCCAUAUUUAAUUUUAUUUUCUUGUUAUAGGGUUUUACAAGGAUGUACCCAACGUAUUAAUUUCACUAUAGAAAAGAAAGAAAUUUUAACAUAUUGUGUUCAAAAAGAUUUAAAAGCAGCUUCUGAUCACAACAAUUAUGUCAAAGUUAAUGGUGUUAAAAAUGGAUUAUAUCCUGAAUAUUUAGAUCGAAUAAUUCCACUUCAUUUAACAUAUGAAGAUCCUCCAGAUGGAAAUUUCUUCGGCUUUUUGAAAAAUGCCAAAGAGCUUCGAUACAGAAAAUACUACCAAAACCUUAGAUAUGUUCCGAAAUACGCAACAAAUCAAACUAAAAUCUUUAUUAACAAUUUCAAAGGGAAAAUUGCAAUAUACAAAGAUGCCUACGCGAACGAAUAUGGAGAGUUUGUUAUAAACGGUCAUAUAAUUAGACCUCCAUUUGAUACUUCAAUGACUGAUAUUCGCAUAUAUCAAAAUGGACCUGUUGUAUUUGAAUGUGAAAAGGCAUGCGUAUUUGGACAUUUUUGGAUGUAUAAUUUCGGUCAUUUUAUUCAUGAUUAUUUAUCACCUUUGAUGCUAGUGCCAAAAGACUUCUUGGAGGAAUGUGUUGUCAUAUUAACAGAAGAAGCACGAAAAUACGGUGACGAUGUUCUUAAAGCAGUUGGUGUUCGUUGA